AUGAAGCUCUACCCUUCCAUUUCCGAGGACCUGGCCGCCUGGGUGCAGCAGCAGCCUGUCUUCUUUACCGGCUCAGCUCCUACCCAUGGCUCUCAUAUCAACGUCUCUCCCAAGGGCCUCACAGACUCGCACUUCGCCAUCCUGGGGCCCAACCAGUGUGCCUACAUCGACCGCACUGGCUCUGGGUGUGAGACUAUUGCCCAUUCAUAUGAUAACGGCCGCCUGUGUUUAAUGUUUAUGAGUUUCGGCCCCGCACCUCGAAUUGUUCGUUUCUUCUGUCGGUCCAAAAUUGUUGAAUGGGAUGACCCAGCCUUCCCCGAUUUGGUCCGACGCAUCUCCAAGGGAAAACGAUCUACAUUCGACGGUGCCAGGGCCGUCAUUGUGGCGGAUGUGUUUGAAGCCCAGACAAGCUGCGGCUUUGGUGUUCCCCGGGUGAAGAGGGGUAUUUAUGCACCCGACGAGACCUUAAAGGGCUUGUCUCUCGAUCAAGUCCUUCAAGAGGGUGUGGAUGGUGAAGUCAAUGAACUAGCUGUGUUUGAGGCGCGGCCCACCAUGGAUAUGUGGGUGGGAAAGCGAGUUGAAAAUAAUACGUUGUUGGACUAUCACAAGGAAACCAAUGUGCUGAGCAUGGACGGUUUACCUGGUCUCAAAGCCGCUCGCCGGAGCGUGGGAGAGACGUUGUGGUUUACAGACGCAAAAGCACAUGUCAAGAAGGUUUUGGUUCAAAGCGAAGCGGUUGCAGUUGGAUUUGUUCUAGCAGUGUUGUUGUACGCUGUCAUGGUUUUUAUGGGAGCGAUUUCAGCGACAUAG